UCUGGAGGUGGGACGCUCACGUGCAACUCCACGGGUCAUCUUCUCGUGUAUGACGUCGCACAUUUCGCGUGGGUGGACUGCAGAGCAGGAGAAAGGAGGGCUGAGGUGAAGAGGAGCGAUGAGAGGAGAGGAGGACUGAAGAGAAGAGGACUGAGGGGGGAGGACUGAGAGGAAGGCUGAGGAGUGGAGGACAGACAGAGGAGAGGAGGACACAGGACUGCACAGUGGGACAGGACCUACUCUUUGUAGAACAUGCAGAAAGUCUUGUCCGUCGCUCGGUGCUUUGAAUCACAUCGGAUGUAAACAUGGUGGAAUAACCGUCAACACGAAGAGAGCCACUGUUCUCUGACUCCGGAUAAAGGACGAGCUCGUCGAGACAAAAGAAAGUGGCCUUGUGAACCUGCUACAAGGCAUAACAGAUGACAAAAAUGUAUUAUUGUAAACAGAUGAAUGGACCAUACCAACCAGUUGGACCACCCACCCAAACUGCACAUGUUGCUUCUCCACUUACUUAUCAAACAAUGAGAAAUCAGCAACCUGGGACAGCAAAUAUCUCUUAUCAGUUCUGGACAGUGAACCCCACCGUACAGCCACCAGAAAAUGGCCACGUCACCUUUGGAGAUGGGACUCAGCCUAACAGACAGAUGUCAAAUUGCCAAACCUCAGCAGUUUCUCAUCAGGCAGUUUCCGACCAGUCACCAGCUGAGUGGAAUAAUAAAGAUCAUGUUUUAUUUAAAAAAUACCCCAACUUGACAAGUUUACUAGGUGAAGGCACUACUUUGCCUUUUCAGAACUCUGCUCAGAAUUCAAAUAUGCAGACUCCACCCAAAAUGAAGACUCCAUACUCCCAGCAAAACACGUCUGCAUAUUUGAUCCAACCAGCUACAUUUCAUGGUAAACAAUCAAUGACACAAGUUACGCAAAAUCAUGGGGUCCAGGGAAGUUAUCAAAUUGUAAAUAGCAAGCUGGAUAAUCUUCACCCUACAUACAACAUUUCAACAGCUUCCUUGGUUCCAUGUAAACAGACUGCUUACAAUCAGAAUUACGGACAAACUGUCUCUCAGCAAAGAUUUACCACUCAGGUCCUCCCAAAAUACAGUGAAGCUAUCUCUAUGUCUCUCACACACAACAGCAUUACAACAAAUGCACCACCAAGGGGACAGAUUUGGUUUGAUUCAAGCAUGAGUCAGAGAACUCAACAAUACUCUGCUCAACUCAACUCAGCAGCCAACAAUGCAAGAGAGGCCACUUGCAGUUCCAAAAUAUCUAAUGAGCUCCUCCUAAAAGCGACUGCUGAUGCUCAACAACUGCCCAACCACAAUGGGGAAGCUAUGAAAAUUGCAGGAAUUGCUGACAGUCUUCGUAAAUCGUACACUGCUGACUCAAAUGGUCAUCAUCCAGUGAAUACUAUUUCAAGGCAGGUAAUCAGACAGCCUAGUCAGCUCGGCGAGGUCAGAAUGGAGUGUAAUCGAACAUUGCAACCUGUGACAUCCGCUGUUGAAAGAUCUAACACAAAUACCCCCCAGCAUCGACAGCUCAUUUCUGGACGAUGUUGGACUCAGAGUGCUGUAUCAAAAACACAACACAUUGUUACCCCACCUCAGCAAAGCUCUGCACCAUAUAUCUACUCUGUCACAACAGAAGAUGGAAAUAAGGAGAGGAAUACAUUUUUUCCAAGAAAUAACAGCUUCUAUGAAGGAAAUAUAGUUGAAUCUUCAAGUGAUGUAUCCCACCAUAUGCAGCUGCCUGAGGGCAUUUCACCAAAGAAAACUGAGACUCAAUUGUCCAUAAAAAACAAUGAUGAAAUGCCCUGUUCAGUUGGAAAAAAUGACAACUCCAUUCACUCGUCUCCCAAUCGCACAGGCACGAGAGCUGUGGCUGUUGUGCAACCACUGUCACAAGAAAACUACCAGGUUGUCAAAAAGCAUAACUCUUCAGACACAAUUAGGCUAUUGGGAGAGUGUACUGCAAAAUAUACCUCUGAAAUAUUUACUUCUCCUGCUGUAGCACAAAACAUUCAAGCUAUAGAUUUGAGUAAAGGGUUGAGUAAGCACCUACAUGAUGGACCUCAAGACAAGACACACACUCCAUUAUAUGCACAUGAACAAGGAUCUGAACUAUCUAGGUACCAAAGUGUUACACUAGCUGCUCAACCAUCUGUUACCUCUGAGAGGCUAGAAGGGCAAAAUCGUGAUAUGAACAAAGCUGGGGUGCCAGUAGAUCAAAAUACCUGUGAUAUUGACCUGUCCUCAAUCCCAACAACUCAGUGGACUACUGGCAAAUUAAUUCAUUUUACAAUGAAUUCUGAAAAAGCCCAUAUAGAGGCACAAGACGUCAAAAGGAUGGAUUUUGUGGAAGACGUGAUGAGAGUCUAUUGGAGUGACAAGAUUGAUAUUCUCAAGAAUAAGAUCAGUAAAGGCUGGUACAAGAAUUUAAUCACUGAUGUUAACAAAUUCUGCAUGGAACAUGUGGCUAAGAAUUCUGUCAUCCUAUCACAAGUAGAAGAAAGCUAUUUGGAGCAUCUCAAAAGCUACCAUGUCCUCAAACAUGAUGAAAUUUAUUCAGAGCUGCCCUACCAAUCAUCAUGGUUGAAUGUCAAUGAGCAGGUAGAUGACAUUGACAAAGAGUUUGGCUUCUCCUGGAGUAUAAGGAAUCUUAUAAGCACACCUGAGAUUGAUAGCCAACCAGAUGAAUUUGGAGAAACAAGCGGCAUGUCUGCACAAAGCGACGUGUCCAACGAAGCCGUUCCUCAAACAGAGCUCAGAUCUGUUGACUUGGAUGAAGAAAAACAAGCCUCCACUGUUGAAAUUACAUCAAGUCAAAUGUCCUCUCCCGAUGAGACAGACAAUGCUCAUUCCAGUGACCAACAUUACGCCUUUGAGAUACAAGUUUUGUCCCCAGAAGAAGCUAAAGUUAUCUUUGGGCUAAUUCAAAAUAAGCUACCACAAAGUAUGGACACGCAGGGUCAGCCAGACUCUGGAGCGAGUGUCCUGAAAAGCUCUGUUGGGGAUGAGCUACCUGACGUUGGAGACACAUUGAAGGACUCAAAACUGGAGAGUAAGAAGAAAACCUCUUUAAUAGACGAAUUUUGCUGCCUUGCAGGGUGGAUAGAAAAUUUUUGGGGGACAAACACUUCUUUGAAAUGUGCGUGCAAGGAAAAACAAGGACAUAAAGACAGUACAGAAAAGACACUUGAUAAGGAGACGACAGCACAAAAUAAUCAAACGUCAUCGAUCAGAUUGGACAAAAGAGACCAUCAAAUGAAUACUGAAGAGAACAUUGACAGUCAAGUUAUACCAUGUAGUCGGACUGAUAUAUGCAAUGAUAUCAGUCAAACUAGAGACCUAACUGAAGAUGAGAAGAGACCAUGCUCAUUUUCUGCUAAGGAAACAAAGAACACGUCCAUGGCAAUCAUAGAUGAAAGCCAGUUAAGCACUAUAGCUCGUACUGACAGUAAAGUUGAAGAUGUCUCUUGCAGUGGAAGUGAAAUUCCAAACCGGAUCCGUGAAAAUGGCAUUUGGAUAUCAGACUCUGAGCAGAAAUGUGUACAAGAACAGCUGAAGUCAGUAGGAAGUGGUCAGCCAAGCAAUUCAGACAACAGCAAGGCCGUAAGCCAUGUGUCAGAAACUGAGGAGGGCUGUCCACAAGCUCAGCUGACAUCCACAGAUGAAGCAGAGACCUCCUUGGAAACGAAAGGACCAACUCAAAGUGGACCAGCGGCUGGACUCCAGACCACCUCCAGUCUCUGUGAAAAACUUGAAACUGUUGAAAGAAAGAGGAAGACAUUACAGAGUGAUGAAGACAUUUUUUCAUUGCUGAAGAAAUUCAAGAAACCUGUUAAUCUGGAUUCAGAGCCUGUCUUCAAGGGUGUAAAAUGUAAAAAGGUUUCUGUUAAUGCUGCUGAGAGGAAACCUUUGCACUCCAAUAAUAAAACAGUAGAACUGGUCCUAUUUGGCUCAACGCGUCAAGGGGAGCUCAAUUUAAUUGGUGACAGAAAGAGCAAUCGUGAAUGUACAGUAUCUCAUGCAGGACACAGGCCUCCUAACGUUUUGUCUGUGGAUCUCAAUCCUUCGAAGAAAAAGUCAAGUGUUCCCACAACGGAAUAUUCUGUCAAAGGAUGGAUUCACGAAAAAUGGAGGAGAAGUUAUUUACCAACUACAAUUAGGCACAGAAAAAAAAUGAAAACACUACAGUGUACAUUACCUCGGUCGAGUCCCAUGAAAGCUGAAACAGCUUGCCCCUCCAAAACCAAAGAGCUGCCAGUUUCCUCUGAAUUUAAGAGAAAAGGAAAUACCAACUUCUGCCUGAAACAAAAGAACAGGCGACUCUUGUCUAACAGAUUCAAACUUGGAGAGGAGAAUACGAGGAAGGAUGUGGGUAAACUGUCUGAUCAAGAGAGAAGUGACAACCGAAGCCAUACCACCACACCUACUAACUACGUCCUGAAGUUCAGUGUGUUACCCAACACUUUCAACUUUGCAGAUGGACCCAAUGGGAGAAAGGAAGCAACUGGUGACAUGUCAGGUAACUCAGAUGUCACUGGAGGAAACAGCCCUGCCAAAACUAUUACAGGGGGCAAGAGGUACCAAGUGCAGCUAAAGAACAUGGUGACACAAUCUUGAGAAGAAGUAUUGUCUUGAGCUCGCCUCAUGUUCCCAAGACCUCCAGCCUCUUCCAGGAGUUUCAAUAGAAAUACAAGCAGAAGGAAUGUCCAUCCAAAGAAAAAUAAUAUGCAAGCAAUAGUUUUGUGUACUACAGAGACAGAUUUUUUAAAUGUUCUCUGGGAAACUCUUCAUUUGAAAAGUGUUUCAUUUUGUGUCUCAGGUUGUGUACAUGUAUAUUUUCUUUACAGUACCAAGCAAGUUAUGACUGCACAUGCCACACACAAAAGUCUUAGUUUAUAUUAUGUGUCUUUCAUUUGAGUUAGUUCUUAAUGCUUCAGAAAAAUAUUGAAUAUAAAGUAUCUGUAAAAUGUAUAUUUGAUUUUCGUAUUUAUCUAUAUUUUUCAAAAACA